AUGUCGGACAAAGAUUUUGGCAACAAUGACGACCUGUCUCUCCCCAAAGCUACCGUCCAAAAGAUUAUCUCUGAAGUCCUGCCUCAAUUGCCUCAUGACGACACCAGCGCCGGCAAGGAAGGCGAGAUGACCUUCACCCGUCCAGCCCGCGACCUUCUAAUUUCGUGUUCGCUCGAGUUCCUGCGCAUGCUCUCCUCCGAGUCAAACGACAUCUCCGAGCGCGAGUCCAAAAAGACCAUCAGUGUUGAACAUGUUGAACAAGCACUGACCGACUUGGGAUUUGGAAGCUACAUUGAACACUGCCGUGGUGUCGUUGGCGAGUGGCAGGAGGUGCAGAAGAAGAGAAUUGGAAGAGGCGAGAAAAUGCGCAACUUCGGCGGAUUUGAUAAGAUGGGAGAAGAGGAGCUCAGGAAGAUGCAGGAAGCACUUCUGGGCGAGGCGAGGGGAAGGAUGGAGGGCGGUGGUGCCGGACAAAACGACAUGCAGCAAGGGCAGUAG